ACAACGGUCGAUCAUACGACCCAGUGCUGCAGAACCCAGUGAGUGCUACGCUGAAAACGCCAGAAAGAAGCGGAUCGGUCACGAACUCGCCGGACGGUGCUUCAAAUUAUUUAACAUUGUUCUUAGAAAGGUCUCCGAUCGGACUGACACCGCAGCCGCCUCCGGAUAUGAGUUCGACUCCGAGGAAAGAGAAAUUACGUCAGAAACGGCUCCAGCGCAAGGAGAAACAGAGAGCUAUCCUCGACGGGCUGCAAACGAUCGUGGGGAGACCUGAAGGAACCCGAGGAGUAUCAGCGAAUUGGGAAAACCUUAAAGCCGCCAUGGGAAUCAAGGAGACGCUCAAGGAAACCCUCAGAGAGAAGCAGGCGAAGACCAAACAGCUGGCCGAGGAAAUGCGGAAGAAGGACACGAGUCUCACGAAAGCAGUCGCUCUCGACUGCGAGAUGGUAGGAGUGGGGCCCGGUGGAAGGGACAACAUGCUCGCUCGGGUAUCGAUUGUGAAUUUGCACGGGAACGUCGUCUACGAUGAAUAUGUACUGCCCAAAGAGCCCGUCACGGACUACCGAACCAACAUCAGCGGUAUCAGACCUGAACAUCUCGGAGUCGGUGUCGACCUCACUGUGGUCCAGAAGGAGGUCGGUGAUAUCAUCAAAAACCGGAUCGUUGUCGGCCAUGCGUUGCAUCACGACUUCAAAGUUUUAUUCCUGUCCCAUCCCAAUAGUCUCACGAGGGACACAUCGUUCUACAAGCCGUAUCGUGACAUGUUCGGCGGGCGUACGCCUUCAUUGAAGAACCUCGCUCUGCGCGUCCUAGAGCUCAACAUACAGCAAGGUGAACAUAGCUCGGUUCAAGAUGCUCAGGUCGCAAUGAAGCUCUACCUGCAUCAACGUCGCCAGUGGGAAGACGAAAUCAAGAAGCGUCUGAACCGAACCAAACGGAGAGAACAGCAGAGGAAAGAGAGAGUAGAGAAACGACGUGAGGCACGCAAUGAUGACAACGAUGGGACUCCUGUUUGA